AACGCGAACGGCGCAAAGUGUGACCGGCAAGGAAAUCGUCGAAUAGCUGGAUUUCUGCGACGAAAUGGACGAUAAUCUAAAGUUUACCGUAUCUUACGACUCCCAGCACGCGAAAAUUGUUCUCGAUCUGCCCGAACUCGAUCUAGAGCAUGAAAGUGAUCUUGUGCUUGAUGUGUUCCCGCACGAGUCCGUCUUCACAGCACCGCCGUAUCAUGCCAGAAUUCCGCUGGAACGUGCCGGUAAAUGUGGCAAAGUGCUGCCAGAGCAUAUAGAUUACGAGAAAAGCAGCGUUACAUUCCGAGUUCCGCUGGACAUAGCAACCAGCAGUAAAGAGACUUCCUCGGAUAGUACUUUUCCCUACGGUUUCGGCUUACUCUAUAACGGUCCCCUUUCGAUGGACACAAGCCAGGAGCUAAAAACUCUCUCCAACCCAAAACUGCAUUCCUUACCGGAUCGACUGGCCUCAAUGGAGGCAGCAGAAAAGGCAGACUUUAGUGCCGACCACUACGGAAUGGACUACAUACAAUUUAUGAUCGAUAAGUUGGGUCUCAAGUUGAGCGAUCUUUCGCCAGUUAAAUCACUCACCGACGAACAACGCUAUCGAGCGAAUGCGAUUAUUGGCGAGAAACCGAAACAGAGAGAGCUGAUUAAAUCCAUCUCGGAGCACCGUCCUGUGAUGCUUGGUAUGUUCGAUAUCCUGCUCGCUAUCGCCUACGACCGUUUGACCAAUAACAACGAACUGAACGAGGCGAAUUCGCACAUCAACAUUCAAAGAAUAUCCGCUACGUUGUCAUAUUUCGUGGAAUUCAGCAAUGUAGAAGCAUUGUUGCGAUCGUUUUAUCGACGAUCUUGCACAUAUCCAUUCUAUCGAAACAAAGAUCUCACUCAGCUCUGCGUGGAUACACUGAUCGAGCGAAUACGUGCCGCAACCAAUCGAAAAGACUGGCUAACUACGGAGUUGUUUCAUGCAUACGAAGCUUUUAAGACGACCGAUUGUGCUAUUCUGAACCACUACUACAUCAAGGAUUACAUCCGAUAUGUCGAACUGGCGCUGGAUGAUGCGCUGUUACUGCGAAUCGUGGAGGAACUUGAAGAGACUCUACCGGAAGUACACCCGGAACCGCUCGGGUUCGGUGAGGAAAAUGUGGUACAGAGGCUCCUGAAGGAUGUCAUUACUCAGGAUUCCGAUUCGUAUGCAACGGAUUCAGAUGAUUACGAGUCUCCCGUUAGCUUAAGCGAUGCAUCUGGCGCUGAUGAUGAUGAAGACGACGAUGACGAUGGUACUUCCUCACAGAAGCAAUUGUCGAAUGAAAAUGUUCUCGAGAAACUUAUGAACCUUAAGCUGUCGAGCUAGAAUUGAAAACAGGUAAAUGAGGAAGUAUAAAACAUAUUUUGGAUAAUGAAUUCCAA